CUCCCUCUCUGAAACUAUGGGAUGAUUGCUUGGUCUCAGCUCUGGUGCAGAUUAGACCCAGUGUUGUGGAGUUCAGAUCACAGGCAGGCUAAUGAAGGAAGAAAGGAUAAAGUAGGGGAAGAAGAGCAGAGAAAGUGGCCGACAUCGUGACGAGUGUGGAAACAGUUAGGAGGGCAGACAGAGGAGAAAAUGGGCUCUCUGGUGGGCAGUUCUGCUGCUUUCCUCUCCCUGUGGACGGUUUUCUUUGAGGCUUCUUCUGUUCUGGGUCAGGACCUUCAGGAGAGGGACGCCAUCUGCAACGCAGCCGGCUGCUAUGUGGCCCACUUCCAGCGCAAAAUCUUCCUGGACUCGUGGAGAACCUGCAAACAGAUGGGUGGCAACCUGGCCACAAUCAAGCGGAAGGAGGACGCGGCUGCCAUCGCUUCACUCUUCUCCACUCUGGAUUUGCGGCACUCGCGCUCCAGGGUCCGGGUGUGGAUUGGUCUGCAGCGCCAACCGCGGCAGUGCACGCCCGCGCGUCCACUGAGGGGGUUCUCCUGGACCACCGGAGAUCAAGACACCCAGUAUACCAACUGGCAGAAUGUCUACAGCGUGGCUUCGUGUAUGGUUCCCCGUUGCGUGGCUUUGCGCUACGGGAUUAACGAGCAUGCAGAUAACUUCAAAUGGAUAGACGGUUCCUGCUCCGUCCCUGUGGAUGGGUUCCUGUGCCAUUAUUCCUACAGAGGAAUGUGUCCUGCCUUGAGGAAUGAGGGUGGGGGCAACCCCUUCUAUGCAACACCAUUCAACCUCAUGAGCACGCUGCUAACUCAUGUUCCGUUUGGAUCUGUUGCUACGGUACCAUGCCCCCCAGGUACCAGGGAGGGGCAACCGGUUUUGUGCACUCUGAGGGAGGAUGGACAUGUAGGAUGGUCACGGGGCCCCCCCUUUUGCUCCGAUCUGUUACCAUCCAGCAUGUGUGAGAUAAACAACGGUGGGUGUGAGCAGCUCUGCAGAUCAUCAAAUGGUCACUUCUUCUGCCAGUGUUUUGAAGGCUACGAGCUACGAGCGGACGGACUGACCUGUGAGCGGGUUAAUAUCUGUGACGUGGCCUCCUGUGAAUAUGAAUGCCUGACUCUCAUGGAUAACUACCGCUGUGCCUGUCCGGAUGGAUACAUGCUGAAGCGAGACCAACACAACUGUGAGGAUGUAAACGAGUGCCUUCAGAGUCCCUGUCAGCAGAUUUGUGAGAACACACUGGGAUCAUUUCUCUGUAGCUGCCGUAAGGGCUUUUAUCAGCUUUACGACGGCGGCUGUGAGGACAUAGAUGAGUGUCUGGAUGACCCAUGUGAUCAUGUUUGUGAGAACACUCCUGGAUCCUUUAUCUGCCGCUGCCGCCCUGGCUUUGAAAAGGACCCGGACGACCGCAGCCUGUGCCACGAUAUCGACGAAUGCCAAAGCCCGGACACCUGCGAGCACAUGUGCGCCAAUUCUGAAGGGAGCUACGAGUGCUACUGCAAGGAGGGCUAUGAGCUCACGGCCGAUCACUCGUCGUGUGUGCGCAAAGCCAGCGGUCAGCACCAGUCUGGCGCCACCACUCCGUAUUACUGGGUCACCAAUCACAGAGAGCCUGCAUGGGAUGUGCUGAACUAUGACUGGAGUACAGAGCAGAGUCGCACUGGCUGGCCUGCAGAGGAGGAGAAAGAAAGCCUGGACUGGCUCACCGAGCCAACAAGCAAGGAUGACUCUGAUGUGACCUAUGUAGACAGAACACAAAGGUAUGAACUUUACUCUGAUUUUGCCCAGAACACCGCAAUGGAGCAAAGUGAGGAACCUAAAGAAGAAGUUGUAUUUGUUGGAGACCCAACCCCCUCCUCCACUGUACAGUCACACACCAGUCCCAGCACCACAUCAGACUGGUAUUAUGAUGAUGAUGAUGAUAACAAAGAGGGCACUACCACGUCUCUUCCACCCUAUUCCGCCUCCACAGUCUCUAAAGGACAGCUUUCUCCUUCUACGCUGAGCCCAGGAGAUUCAAGCCACCGGAAGGAAAUAGAAGAACUACGAGCAGAAAAGUCUGAUUUCCCAGAGGAAGAAUCAGAAGAGGAAAAAAAACAGGUGGGGGUUGCCCGCUCUCAUGGUCCGGCUGCCAUCAGUGAGUUCACUUCUUCCCCGCCCCUCCUGGGUAGAGAUGGGGGGAGUGGAGACAGCCUGGAUUCUGUCAAAGAGGACCAGGACUUGAGACAGGGCAGCACUUGGCUCCUGGUCGGCCUGCUUGUGCCCAUCUGCAUCUUCGUCGUGGUGAUGGUGGCGCUCGCCAUCAUCUUUUGCACCCGCUGCACCUCUCAGCCGAAAAACGAGAAAAAAAGCAGCGACUGUUACCACUGGAUCUCGGGCGCCCACGACAAACAGGGAGGCGCCGACCCGUCGGCGGGGGCCAAGGCGCAGGUUUAACCAAACACGGGAUGAACUGACUGUCACAGAAACUCGAGCGAGAGCUGGUCAUUAACCUGUGACAACUGCUGAUCCUUUGACCCCGUGCUGUUGAGCAUCAGCUGACAGACGGGGGGCCGUGGAGAACCCCUGACCUUCAUGGGAGAAGGCCUUUUAAGUGAUUAAAAACCCUGACCACACAGGGAAACUUCCGCUCACUUAGUGAUUGCACUGCAGAAUCUUAGGACUGUUUUUACAUAAAAUGUGUAAUUAGCCUUUUUUUUUUUACAUCUUCAAGUUUUUUGAGUUUGGUCCAGCAGAUGACUGAGGGCUUUGGGUUGGAUCAACCAAACACUUCUUUGUAUAUAAUGUUCAUUCUGUAUAUUAAUGUAUGUUUCAGGUCAUGUGAUUUUUUUUAAAGAAUCCUUUUCUCUGCACCCCUCAAAGCGGGUGUCACGUAGGGGGCUUCAGCACAUGGAUUCCAUCAGAGACCCGUGUCCGGUUUAAGGGUUUUUCCGCUAUUCUUGACUUUUAUUUGCAGCGGUGCAGGAGUCCUCUCCACACAUGAUUUACAGGAUUUCUCCAAGCCUUUAAAGAAGAAGGCUGUCACUUCCCGCUGUCCGCACAGCAGUUUUACGGCUUGUUGGGCUCCAGAUGUGCGUGGAGCUCCUCUUGUACAGCGCCGCCUGCUUUUUUAAAAACAGCAGGGCUCCACAACGCCGCAGCCCCGACCCAAAUGUUCACGCUCGAGGCGCUAGGUGUUUCUCACAGUUCCAGCCACAACCGAUGUGCCUGUAUUGCUUUUGUAAAGCUUUGAAUUAAAAAUGUUUUUUGUGAAACUUGA